UCCCGCUCGGUCCGAGUGUCCCGUGUCCAGCGAUCCGCCCGCUGUGCCAGCGCGGCUGCCGCCACUGCUUGGCGCGGGAGACCCCGCGAGGUGAUUGAAGCCCUGCGGAGAGCUCUCAAGCACCCAGCUCUGCCCUAGAAUCCCAGGCUGCCCUGUCACCCCAGUUCCUGCUGUCGGUGUGGAGCCAUGAGUAGUGUCCUGAAUGGUAUUAUCCCUUUGGGGCUGGUGUUGCUGCUGUAUGGAGCCCAAGGCUUCUUCCUGCCCAAUGCCACACACCUGGAGAGGCUGCUCAGCAAAUACCAGCAGGACGGGCCUCACUCUCGAGCCCGGAGGGCCAUCCCCAGGGUGGACAAGGAGGAGAUCCUCAUGCUGCACAACAAACUGCGGGGUCAGGUGUACCCUACAGCCUCCAACAUGGAGUACAUGACCUGGGAUGAGGAGCUAGAGAAGUCAGCGGCGGCCUGGGCCGAGGGAUGCAUCUGGGAGCACGGACCUACCAGCCUGCUGGUGUCCAUCGGCCAGAACUUGGCUGUCCACUGGGGCAGGUACCGCUCUCCGGGGUUCCACGUGCAGUCCUGGUAUGACGAGGUGAAGGACUACACCUACCCCUACCCCCACGAGUGCAACCCCUGGUGUCCCGAGAGGUGUUCUGGGGCCAUGUGCACCCACUACACUCAGAUAGUCUGGGCCACCACCAAUAAGGUUGGCUGUGCUGUGCACACCUGCCAGAGGAUGAACGUCUGGGGAGAAAUGUGGGAGAAUGCAGUCUACCUCGUCUGCAACUACUCUCCAAAGGGAAACUGGAUUGGAGAAGCCCCUUACAAAAGCGGCCGGCCCUGCUCAGAGUGUCCCCCCAGCUACGGAGGCAGCUGCAAGAACAACCUGUGCUACCGAGAAGAGACCUAUGACCAAAAACUCGAAACGGACGAAAUGAACGAGGUGGAGACGGCUCCGGUUCCUGAAGAAAAACCCAUGCGGGUCCCACCGAAGGUGAUGAGGCCCACGAAGCCCCGUAAAGCCUCCGUGGUCAGCUACAUGGCCCAGGUCGUUGGGUGUGACACCAAGAUGAAGGACAAGUGCAAAGGUUCCACAUGCAACAGGUACCAGUGUCCAGCAGGCUGUUUGAACAACAAGGCAAAGAUUUUUGGAACUCUCUAUUAUGAAAGUUCAUCCAGCAUAUGCCGCGCUGCAAUUCACUACGGAAUCAUAGACGACAAAGGAGGCCUUGUGGACGUCACCAGGAACGGGAAGGUCCCCUUUUUCGUGAAGUCGGAGAGGCACGGCGUGGGGUCUUUGAGCAAAUACAAAGCUUCCAGUUCAUUCAUGGUGUCAGAAGUAAAAGUGCAGGACCUGGAUUGCUACACCACCGUUGCUCAACUCUGUCCAUUUGAGAAGCCGACCACACACUGCCCAAGAGUCCGCUGUCCCGCGCACUGCAAAGACGAGCCGUCCUACUGGGUUCCUGUGUUUGGAACCAACAUCUAUGCAGAUACUUCCAGCAUCUGCAUGACAGCGGUGCAUGCGGGCAUUAUCAGGAAUGAGCACGGGGGCUACGUGGACGUGAUGCCUGUCGACAAGAAGAAGAACUACGUGGGCUCACUCAGGAAUGGUGUUCAGUCAGAAAGCUUGCAGACCCCUCGAGAUGGAAAGGCCUUCCGGAUCUUUGCAGUCAGGCAGUAAACCUCCAGCGCCAGGGGAGCAGGGGGCAUCUUCAGG